AUGGCGGCUGCGGCGGGGAGUCGGAGCGCGUCGUCCGGAUUAACGGCAGCCGCGGGCGGUGCUGCGGUUCCAGGCAGCCCGGAGUUGGGGUAUCUGGCGGGGGAGGCUGGGGAGCACAAGGCUGACUGGAGGCGCAAGCAGCUGCGCAAAGUGCGGAGUGUGGAGCUGGAUAAGCUGGCCGGGAGAGCCGAGUCCGAGCUGCUCAGCACACUGGGACCAGCCGGGGAACACGAGUCCGGCACCGCGUACACCGGCACGGCUGGGGAAACCGAGGACACCAUGGGGAGCCACAGCACCGGCCGUGACAUGGAGAAUAAAGAAACACUCAGGGGGUUACAGAAAAUGGAUGACCGCCCAGAGGAGCGCAUGAUCAGGGAGAAACUCAAGGCAACAUGUAUGCCAGCCUGGAAACAUGAAUGGCUGGAGAGGAGGAGCAAACGUGGCCCUGUGGUAGUAAAACCAAUUCCUGUGAAGCCAGAUGGCUCAGAGUCUUCCAAACUGGAUUCUAAUGGUGGUGGUUCAUUAACUGGAUCGUCUCCCUCUCAGAAAGGGAGACGUAGUCCUUCUCCUAGUAGUUCUUCCAGCUCUUCCAAAUCCUCAAAGCCAGAAUCUCCAGGAGUGAGGAGGAGAGGAAUAUCUCCCAUCCCUUUUCAGAGCGGCCGUAUAACACCACCUCGAAGAGCACCUUCUCCUGAUGGUUUUUCUCCGUACAGCCCAGAGGAAACUAAUCGCAGGGUCAACAAAGUAAUGAGAGCAAGACUUUAUUUGCUGCAGCAAAUAGGCCCCAAUUCUUUCCUAAUUGGCGGUGACAGUCCUGAUAACAAAUACAGAGUUUUCAUUGGACCUCAGACUUGCAGCUGUGGCAGGGGCUCAUUCUGUAUCCAUCUUCUGUUUGUCAUGCUGCGAGUGUUUCAGCUGGAACAGUCUGACACCAUGCUGUGGAGAAAAACACUGAAAAAUUUUGAGGUUGAGAGUUUGUUCCAGAAAUAUCACAGUAGACGUAGCUCAAGGAUCAAAGCUCCAUCACGUAACACCAUCCAGAAGUUUGUGUCACGCAUGUCAAAUUCCCAUACAUUGUCAUCAUCUACCACCUCUACAUCUAGUUCAGAUACCAGCAUGAAAGACGAAGAGGAGCAGAUGUGCCCUAUCUGCUUACUGGGCAUGCUGGAUGAGGAGAGUCUGAUAGUAUGUGAAGAAGGCUGCAGAAACAAGCUACACCAUCACUGCAUGUCAAUAUGGGCAGAGGAGUGCAGAAGAAACAAGGAGCCUCUGAUCUGUCCACUUUGUCGAUCAAAGUGGAGGUCACAGGAUUUCCACAGCCAUGAUUUACCUGGGCCAGUGGAUUCUCCUCCUGUUCUUCGUGCAGUUCAGCAGCCAUCUGUGCAGCAACAGUCCUCUGCUGGAUCCCAAAUAAGGUCACAGGAUUCCAACUUGAACCUUACCCAUUAUGGUGUUCAGCACAUUCCAACUGCCUACAAGAGCAUGGCUGAGCCAUGGAUUCAGGUCUUUGGAAUGGAACUAGUAGGCUGUUUGUUUUCUCGGAACUGGAAUAUCAGAGAAAUGGCCUUGCGACGUCUCUCACAUGAUGUCAGCGGAGCCCUUUUGUUAGCAAAUGGUGAAAGCACUGGAAAUUCUGGCAGUGGAAGUACCCCCAGUGGCAGUGCCCCUCAAGCUGCCAGUGGUUCAUCUCAGACUUGUAUCUCAGGGGAAGUUGUUGUGGAAGCCUGCUGCAGUGUACUGUCCAUGGUGUGCGCUGAUCCUGUCUACAAAGUGUAUGUCGCUGCUUUAAAAACGUUACGAGCCAUGCUAGUUUAUACUCCUUGCCACACACCAGCUGAACGGAAAAGGCUGCAACAACUUCUUCAUCCAGUUGUGGAAACCAUCCUGGUCAAGUGUGCAGAUGCCAACAGCCGGACAAGCCAGCUUUCAGUAUCAACAUUGUUGGAACUAUGCAAAGGACAAGCUGGAGAGUUAGCAGUUGGAAGAGAAAUUCUCAAAUCUGGGUCCAUUGGAAUUGGGGGUGUGGAAUAUGUCCUAAGUUGUAUUCUAGCAACCCAAGCAGAGGCAAACAACUGGCAGUCGCUCCUUGGCCGUCUUUGUCUGAUCGAUAGACUUCUCCUGGAGUUUCCUGAUGAGUUUUAUCCUCACAUUAUCAGUGGUGAGGUCUUACAGGCUGAGGCAGCUAUGGAAAGAUAUAAGAACCUGCUAUCACUGUUAAACUUUGCCUUGCAAUCUAUUGACAAUUCCCAUUCUAUGGUGGGUAAACUGUCACGCAGGGUCUUCUUAAGUGCUGCAAGAAUGGUUGCAAGAGUUCCUCAUGUGUAUGUCAAACUUCUGGAAAUGUUGAGCACAACCAGUUCGACCCAUUACAUUCGAAUGCGGCGACGUUUAAUGGCCAUUGCUGAAGAAAUGGACAUUGUAGAAGUUAUUCAACACAGCCUGGAGGAUUCUCAAGCUUUUGAAAACCGCAGAGAAGCAUUUGUGCCACCUUCUGCUCCUGCAAACUCCCCAGUUAUUUCACAAAGUAAUUCCCCAGAAAACACUGUGCAGCUAUCAGGGAAAAUGGGCAAAGACAAUUGUGACUCAAAAUUUGCCUCCAGCCCAGAGGACUUGCACGCUGCUUUGGAAGUUGUGUAUUUAGGGCUUCCUUUAACUUAUGUAUCAAGUGAGCAACCAAAGCCUGCCAUUCAGACAAAACGCAGACCUCCAAGUCAGUGCUUGAACUCCCCGUCUUCUACUCACCCCAAUUCCCUUUUCCCAAUAAUGCCAUCUCCAACUUCUACUCCUUCUGUGCCAGCUGGUCCUGGCCCAGAUGUCACCAAGCCCAAACCUCAGACAUUCACUCCCUGUAAACUGUCUUCUGCUUCUCCUCAAACGCAGAGGAAGCUUUCUCUUCAAAUACAAAAGCACUAUUCAGGUAGCAAGGAACCUGAGAAACUUUCUCCUGUUUUCCCUCAUGCAAGACCAUUGCCAUCUCAUAUGAUACACCGGCCAAAGCCAUCUCGACUAACACCAGGAGAUGCAGGCCUAGCUGGAGAGACUUCUAAAAGUUAUAUGACUCUUGACUUAAAUGGACAGACAUGUGGUAGUAAUACAAGUGCUAUUAUACCAAGUGAUGACACUGUGUUUACACCAGUAGAUGAGAAAUGCCGACUGGAUGCCAACACAGAGCUUAAUUCCAGUAUGGAGGACCUUUUGGAAGCCUCAAUACCAGCAUGUGAUAGCACAGUCACCUUCAAGUCUGAAGUUGCUGUUCUUUCUCCUGAGCGGGCCGAGACUGAUGACACAUAUAAAGAUGAUGUUAGCCACAAUCAGAAAUGCAAAGAGAAAAUGGAAGCAGAGGAGGAAGAAGCACUGGCUGUAGUUUUGGCAAUGUCUGCCUCUCAGGAUGCCCUGCCAGUGAUACCCCAACUGCAGGUUGAAAAUGGGGAAGACAUUAUAAUUAUCCAGCAGGAUACACCUGAGACCCUGCCUGGUCACACCAAAGCAAAAAAUCCCUAUAGAGAAGAAGCUGAAUGGCUCAAAGGUCAACAGAUUGGCUUAGGGGCAUUUUCUUCCUGCUAUCAAGCUCAGGAUGUUGGAACUGGAACAUUAAUGGCAGUCAAACAGGUUACAUAUGUGCGCAAUACAUCAUCGGAACAAGGAGAGGUGGUUGAAGCUCUGAGAGAAGAAAUAAGAAUGAUGAAUCACCUCUCUCACCCAAAUAUAAUCAGAAUGCUGGGAUCAACAUGUGAAAAGAACAACUACAAUCUGUUCAUUGAGUGGAUGGCAGGGGGUUCUGUUGCUCAUCUGCUUAGUAAAUAUGGAGCAUUCAAGGAAUCUGUCAUCAUUAACUACACUGAGCAACUGCUGCGUGGCCUAUCAUACCUUCACGAGAACCAGAUCAUCCAUAGAGACAUUAAAGGUGCAAAUUUGUUGAUUGAUAGCACUGGACAUAGGCUACGAAUUGCUGAUUUUGGAGCUGCCGCUCGCUUGGCAUCGAAAGGCACGGGUGCUGGAGAAUUUCAGGGACAGUUAUUGGGAACCAUUGCAUUCAUGGCACCAGAGGUGUUAAGGGGGCAGCAAUAUGGAAGAAGCUGUGAUGUGUGGAGUGUUGGUUGCAGCAUAAUUGAGAUGUCUUGUGCUAAACCACCCUGGAAUGCAGAAAAACACUCAAACCACCUUGCACUCAUAUUUAAGAUUGCAAGUGCGACCACAGCUCCUACAAUACCAGCACACCUGUCUCCAGGUCUGCGGGACGUGACUCUUCGGUGUUUGGAACUCCAGCCUCAAGACAGACCACCUUCUAGGGAACUGUUGAAGCACCCAGUCUUUCGAACAAAGUGGUAGAGAAUUUACAAAUGGAAAAAGAUCCAGCUUAUUUUACACAAAAAUUAAAUUGCUACUGACUACGGAACCUGCGGGUCCGGCUAAAAUACAGAAGCGUGACCUGUUCUUUUAGCCAAAAAUAUGCAUACGUGGUUAUAGGAUCCCGUCCCUGUGCAUGACAAUUCAAAACCUCUAAAAGCUUCAGAGGUAGAGGUUUAUGUUUCUAAAAUGAAAUAUGUUAAAUAUAUUCUUAAAAUUGUGCCUUUUGGGAGACCCUUUUUCCUUAAAUUAGAAAAUGGAUUUUCCCUUUCUGCCAUUAUUGUAUUUCAAAUGA